AUGGGAGAAGAAAUUACUUCUAAUAUUCAUCUUCAUGAUGAUCAAGUUGAAGAGCCUGAAGAAGCACUUUCUCUUUGCGACCUUCCUUUAGAUUUGACAGAUACCAUUAAUGGCAACCCCGAAAAUGAUCAUUUGGAAAAAAUAUUGUCUGCCCAAUCUCGAAGAUCAUCAUCCACGGCUGCCCCUGAAUUCUUUGAGUUUCUGAACGACAUUAGCUCCGAUAUGUGCGCAGCCGACGAUAUAAUUUUCUGCGGCAAACUCUUUCCUUCUAGAGAACAACCUAUUUCCUUCCAAACAUGGGAAGAAAAGAGGAAAAGCAAUGUUUUACGCAAACGAUCCGAGUCACUGUCCGAGUUAUGCAGCAGCUCCAUAACUCGUUCAAACAGUACAAAAAACACUACACUUCUCAGGAGCAGCCGUUCCUUGGAUUAUCAAAAGCUUCAUCGUUAUGACAUGGAGAGGAAUCCUUCGGUAAGAAGGGUCGAAAGACAUGAUCAGGUUUCACCUAAAAAAUUAGUUAAGCCAAGAUGGUAUGUUUUCAUGUUUGGAAUGGUUAAGUUUCCACCGGAAAUGGAGCUUAAAGAUAUCAAAAGCCGGCAAUCCCAUCGCAGUCCUUCGAUUAUGUUUCCCACGGUGGAAGAUGGCGGCAAGAAGCUCGCUGGUAACCGAAGCUCCAACAAGUGUUCUUCUUGGAGUUUGUUAAAAGCGUUGAGUUGCAGAGAUCAUACUAGCGUUGAUGUAACGGCGUCGUUCUGGAUGCCUCACGCCUAA